AAUGUUAUAUCCAUCGAAGUCAAUACAAUGCAUUAAGAUUGGAAAAAACUCUAAAGGAAAAAGGCAUUCUUAUUAUCCAAAACUGUUUUACCUCAAGAAUAUCCCUCAAGUUUCAAAGUGAUUUUUCAAAUUGUGGUCGACAAAGACAAAUUACAUCGAUAAAUAGUGCCUCGUGCACUGUGAUCAAAGUACAUCAUGCUCCAAUAAGAGGGGAUACGCAGUUCUCCAUGUCUUUAGGACAACAAGGAAAAACGAAAACAUUAUAGGGGGUGAAUCCUUCUUAAUGAUUGCUCAUAUAAUAUCAUUCCUGUACAUAAAUAGCAUUCAAAUGUCUGAUACACACACCUUUGUCCUAGGAGUGCUUGCACAUUAAUCGACUGUAACGUUUUGGGGUAAACAUAAUCACGUGUUCAUCGGUGGCCAAUGAGAGUCAAAGAAACCCGGGAGAAAUAAUUACCUGGCUUGAUUGUUCUAGGGGUAAGAUAAAAGUACACAUACACUCCAUAUAAUAAUCUGAUGCAUGUAAAAGAGACGAGAGCAUCGCUAUGUCGACCACGGGUCCCAUACGCAAUUAUUGCGUGGAUUCUUUGAUAAACCAUGAGAGCGAGGAUUUUCUUGCGUCGCGGUUCUCAGCCACAGAGCUUCUCCCCACCCGCUCAUGUCAGACGACACUAGUACCGGAGUGCUCUGAAAUACCCUCCUGCAGUUUUGCGCCGAAACCUCCUGUCUUUACCUCCUCCUGGGGCCCAGUUCACUCCCAAUCCUCAGUAGUCUACCACCCAUACACCCACCAACCUCACGUUGGAACGGACUCGAGGUAUGUUCGCUCAUGGCUGGAGCCCAUAUCUGGAACAGUAUCCUUUCCAGCCUAUCCGGCUAACUGCAGACACUACGGACUCAAACCCGAUGAUUUUCCUCAGCCCGGUGCCGGACACUGCAUCACCUCCAACGGUCGCGGAUACCCGGACUAUCUCUACAACACCUGCGUGGACAUCCGAGACAAGGCACAGCAGAUCGCCCCUUCUCCAGAGUCGGAGAUUUUGGCUUCCGGAAAGCACAAAGACGACAAGACAGAAUUCGACCCAAGCAACCCGGUGGCGAAUUGGAUACACGCUCGUUCAACGAGGAAGAAACGGUGUCCCUAUACAAAAUAUCAGACUCUCGAACUCGAAAAAGAGUUUUUGUUCAAUAUGUACCUUACCAGGGACGGUCGAUAUGAGGUCGCUCGGGUUCUUAAUUUGACCGAGAGACAGGUCAAAAUCUGGUUCCAGAAUCGGCGGAUGAAGAUGAAGAAAAUGAAUAAAGAGAAGACAGAAAGCAAUGAGCAGUAACGUGCUGUAUGGACAAAUUGACUUGUACACAUUCAGAAAAAUGUCACUCAUGGUCUCUCCUCUCCAGUGGUCUCUCCUCUUGAGAGCUACUGUUUUCCUUUUUGAUCUGAUAUAAUUGAGCUCUAGGCCUAUUCUUGACAAAGUAGCACAGUGCAGAUUGGGCCCACGUUUCGCUGUGACAGUAUGCAACUUGUUUGGGCUAUUUAUCCUUUAUUACUGGUUCAUAGUCAAGACACGAAUAGGACAUUAGUAAAGAAAGGUAUACGGUCAAGUUGGAUAACUGUGCUUGAAUGGUGUUUCAUCUGUACAUGUGUAUAACAAAACCUGUGUAUUUUUGUAGAUGUUGCAUCUUUGGCCUAUUCAAGUGUAAAUUAAUGUUUUGUACACGAAGUACAUGGAACGUGUGUCUUGUGUUUUCGUCUAGGCCUAUGUGGAUAUAGAUUUUGUUGUACGGUUUUUAUAUUAUUUUCUCUCGACGCUACAACUUUAUGUUAUACUGUAAUCUCCUUUCCUGUCUUUGUUGGGUCAUUCAUAUUAAAACGUUAAAAUCUGGCCUUAAUCAGAAAUAUUAACACUUGCAACAAUGACAUUCUGAGAUGGCUUGACAAGACAGUAGGAUACAAAAUAUAUAAUUCGCAGUUAGUUGUUGGGAUAUAAGUGAUUCAACAAUUCCAAUAGGCUACACACUAGAUUUAGAUACGGACCACUCCUUAUUGAAAGCAGCUGUGUCUUUUAACUCAUUAUUCUUCCAUUUCUAUUUCCUUUUAUAAUGCACGUUUCCUGACCACUUCCAGACGCUGUGUUUUCUGAAAUGUAAAUGGCUCUGGAGGAAAAUUAAGGUGACAUUUGAGACCUUGUGUAAACGCAUUGCAUCACGUUGUUUGCUUUAUACGUGUUAUCCAAUCAUAAUCAUUUCAGAUUAUUGCAACCAUUUCAAGGAAAAGCUUUAGCGUGGUAUUCUGGCUCUGAAACGUUUUCAGUCCAUAAUCUGUCUAGGCCUGGCCAUAUUUCUAAUUGGUGGUCAUUUAAGAAAACAUGCCACACAGUAUAACUUGAUUAUUGAGAUUCAGGUAUAAUAGAGGAGUGCAUUGAGAGUGCAUUUCGUGCAACCAUGUGGCAUAGACCUAUCUCAAUAUAGGCCUAUCCCUGCGUACUUUCAAACAAUGUAGGCUAGUUACCAUGUGAGGUGUUUUAUAGUUUUUACUUAGCCUUCUUGUAGCCUAUAGACUCCAUUAUUGUAUCAUACAAAUGUAGUCUAUAUGAGCGUUAACACUGGGCACACACUCGUUGAAUCAAAGUUAUUUCCAGGUCAUUUCAAUUACAUUACGUUGAACCAACGUGGAAUAGACUUUGAAUUGAAGUCUUUGCCCAGUGGGUUGUUUCCAUAGCAUAAAUCGCGAAUAUAGGGCCUAGGCUACACAUUGAUGACGUUACGAAUUCUUUUGCAAUAGACUAAUGCACAUUUCGGUCACUGAUUUGAGGCUUUUGUGAGCCGAGCAGUGCGCUAUAUUAUUUUGGUCUGCUGAGUUGGUGCUCAAUGUUGUAUUUUAGAUGGGUCAUGCUGGCCAUGUGUCGUGGUUAUGUGAGACAUAUUAACCCACAACAAACGGCGAUACAUGUGUUCCCCUGUGUCAGUGCUAUUUUUGGACACCCUCUGCACACUACACUAAUUUGCUGCAUAGUCUUUUGCAUCUUUUAGCCUAUCAGUUAAUUUGAGGUGUGUGAAGUAUCUUUUCAGGCGUUUAUUUUUCUUUCUUGGUCGCUGGACUAAAUUGGCCUUCCCCUUAAGUGUCACAAACAAUACUGACAGGAUGCAGAGAUUUUAGAGCCCAAUAUAGUUUAACAUUUCCGUUGCGGAGCACAGAGAAAUGUGGGGUUUUACGACCCUGAUUCGGGCAGCACUGUUCAUCUCGAAUGCAAUCUAAGAAAGCAAACCUAGCAGAACUGGCUAGACGUCUAGGCUUAAUUACUUUAUUGUUCUUAUUUGAAAGUAUGGUGUGCUGCAAACGUGACUCUAUCCCCCUUUAUUUUUCCACUCUGGAUUAUGUGGCAGAGGGGGAAAGAGGAACACAUGAAAGGCCCCAAAUUGAACUUCCUUUAUUCCAAAUCUAUACUGAACAUAAAUGUAAACGCAACAUGGAACAAUUUCAAAGAUUUUGCUGAGUUACAGUUCAUAUAAGGAAAU